GCGGCAGACCCCCAAGACAAGCACUGGCUGGCUCAGGAGCAGUACAUGAGGGCCACCGGAGGGAAGAUGGCCUACCUCCUGCUGGAGGAGGACAUCCAGGACCUGGCGGCCAGCGACGAGUACAGGGCUUCCCAGGAGCUGAAGCUGGACGAGCUCAAGCCCUUCUCCAUCCCAUCCUGGAUGAUCGCGAAGAUGCAGAGAUACAUGAAGACCUUCCGCAGCGAAGGGGAGCCGCCGUUGCCGCAGCCGCAGCAGCCACAGCCGCCGCCUUCCCUGCCGGAGGAAAUGCGGGAGACGUAGGCCGGGCCGGGCCAGCCUCUCCUGCCCCCCCUCUGCUCCU